AGCGCUGCGUCGCUACUUUUGCAUGGCACCAGUUCAUGUGCAUACACCGAGUAUACCCUAUAUAAAUCUCCCAUCCCCUUCUACAGGUCUCAGGGCCAAGUGCUUCGUACACGAACGCGGUGUUGUAUUGCGUGGUAAUUAAUCCCCUCCCGUAGCUGGUAUAGGCAAAGGCAGAGCCGCGUGAUGGUUGAGGUUGGUUGUUGGGUCUUGUCCGGUCCAGGGUCUUCGUUUAGCGGCAGAAUGCACCAGAACGCGAAGACGAGCACCCAUCGCUUGGGGGGUCGAUGCUACACUUCGACUGGUACCUCGACGGCCACGGCCUACCCAUCACAAUCACAGUUUACUUUCCACCAUCAUGUUCAAGAAGAGCAGGGCCUGGCCUUGAAGCUGCCAGACGAGUAUCAGUCUUUGCCCACCGCUGCGGCUACCCUUCAAUCCUUCGUGCAACACCAACACCAACACCAGCAUCAGCAUCAGUACCAGCACCACGUUCGAGUUGAGUCGGUCGAGUCGCUGCAUCGCGGUCCCUUUCAGUUCGAGUCUGGCCUGGAACCGCACUCCCACCACCAGCAGCACCAGCACUCACAUUCGCAUUCUCACUCCCACUCCCACUCCCACUCGCAAUCCCACUCCCACUCCCACUCGCAAUCCCACUCGCACUCCCACUCCUACGGGGCAGCACCUCCUCCACCACCACUGCUCCCAACUCCCGCCCCAACCCCAACCUGCGUGAAGACGGAACCCGCCGAUCGCGAACCGCUUCUGUGCACAACCAGAGUGCCUCCUGCGAAGCGGAGUGCCUCUGCUGAUGCUCACGACGCCCUCUCUCCUCCCUCGAAACGCCCGCGUCCUGAGCAUCCUGAUGAAUUCUCGGGCAUCGUGAGGAAGAGACUCGCGGGGUCGAGUCGAACGGGCCAAGCCUGUGAUCGAUGCAAGGUGCGUCGAGUCCCCGAAACCCUUCUCUGCAUCCCAUUUACCCCCGUUGCACUGCGCCGCUACCGGUGGCACGCAUUUCAUAACACGACACUAAUCGGUUCAUUAGGUCCGGAAAAUACGCUGCGAUGGGCUUCCUGGGGGAUGUUCACCGUGUCUCAACAACCAUUCUGAAUGUCGAACCACGGACCGUAUCACCGGAAGGGCAUCGACUCGUGGUUUCGUCGAGGACAUGGAAGCGAAGAUUCGACAUUUGCAAGACAAAGUAAAAGAAUUAGAAGAGCAAUUGGCCCAGGCUCGAAAGGCUCUCAGUGCAAAGGAACCCGCAGAUGGACACACGCUCACCCCGCCAGCCUUCACCUAUGCUACCGUCCCCACCUCCUCGUCAUCUAAUCCACAAGAUUCCAAUGGACUGCCGACAGAACAUUUGGGGGGAGAUGUCUCAUAUUCCACGGGUUUUCCAAACUCAAAUUAUCUGGCCGUUUCCGCCGUACCAAGUCCAAAUCCCUAUGAUCCCAAUAUGGCGUGGCGUGGCUACACUUACAACACAGGAUCUUCCAACCUUGGACCUGACGAUACGGGUUCUGCGGACGCGCUGUUGCAAUCAGGAAAUGUUGGCGGCAGAGAGACGAUGAACAACACCCCUCAUACGAGCUCGUCUCUUCAAAAUGACAUGGAGAGUUCGGUUCCGCUUGUGGUGGAGCAUCAGCAUAUGGGUGGACAAAUCAACGGGAUGGAAAACUGGCCGAAUCUGAUUAUGAGUGGCAUGGGUGGUCAUAAACAGAAUGAUGAAUGAUUUCUCCUCUCAUCCGAGGCGAUUUUAUAUGACUGGGUGGGUUAUUUGUUUUUCAAAAACGUUCAAAGAAGAAGAAGCACGCGCUUCAUUCUGUAUCCGAUAUUUAUAUUUUAAUUGCUGGGGAUGUGGAUGUGGGUAGGCGCAUAGUGGGGGCUUUCAUGUGGAGCUUUCAUCGGAUGGGAUUUUUUUACUUCUUCGUUUUCCGUUUUUUGUUCUGGGAUUCUGGGAAAAACACAGCAAGGGAGUUCUAGCUCAAGCAUUUUUGGACACACAGGGUACAAUUUCCAAAUAUACCAAAAAAUGGCGGGAAACGCCUUAGCGCGUCUGGUGGUCUUUUGGAGCUCUCUGGAUGUGGGUUUGGGCAUGAUAUGGUUGGGGGGCAGGUGAUUUGAUUUUUUUGGGAAGAGGGAGUGUUUGGGUCAUAGUUUUAUGAUACAUGGUAUCAAGAUGCUCGACAUUGGACCGGCUUUCUGGUUCCCCUUGGGGAUUGGCUUGAAUGGGAGGAGCUGUAUCUUCUCCCGUUCCACUUUUUUUUGG